AAUCAACCUACCCAUGAACAUACUCUCUGCCAUUUCCUUAAUCUUUUUUUGGGGGAAAACUCUUUUAUAAUAACAACUGUUGGUGAACCAUUCAUCAGAAAACUCUUAUAAUCGUAUGGAAGAGGUUCAGUGAUUUUAAGAAACUGCACAAAGAGCUAUGGCAAAUUCACAAACACUUAUUCCGUCAUUCAGAACUGUUUCCUCCCUUUGCUAAAGGAAUAGUGUUUGGGUUUCGCUAUGUAGUUCAGGCUGACCUUGAACUCACUAUGUAGCUCAGGCUGGCCUCGAACUUUUGGUGAUCCUCCUGCCUCAGCCUCCUGAGUGCUUGGAUUACAGCAUCAAGGACAUUCUUAAGUGAAUCAGGGCGAUUUGAUGAAACCGUCAUAGAAGAGAGAAGACAGUGUGCCGAAGACCUGCUGCAGUUCUCUGCCAACAUUCCUGCUCUUUACAACAGUAAACAGCUUGAAGAGUUUUUCAAGGCAGGUGCAGCACCAGUGAGCUAAAUCCCUGGCCCUGUAUUCCAUCCUUUUAUGUUCCUGAAUGGUAUUCUGUUAUGGUACCUCCGACCCUCAGCAUGGGCGGGAUAAUCACUGAUGGCUCUGAAUUAAUUGGCCCCCCUGAAGGUUGCUCAGACUCCCUCGCUGAUGCUGUUCCUGAGUGUAGUGCGGAAGGCUUCUCCAGUGACAGUGAUCUGAUAUCCCUUACUGUUGAUGUGGAUUCUCUUGCUGAGUUAGAUGAUGGAAUGGCUUCCAAUCGAAAUUCUCCCAUUAGAACUUUGGGUCUCAGUCUUUCUUCGGAGUCUUCAGCACCAGGGGCUGUUGCUUCUGACAGCGAACAGAGCAAAACAGAAGAACGGGAAAGUCGUAGCCUCUUUCCUGGCAGUUUAAAACCUAAACUUGGCAAGAGAGAUUAUUUGGAGAAAGCAGGAGAAUUAAUAAAACUGGCCUUGAGAAAGGAAGAGGAAGACGACUAUGAAGCUGCUUCUGAUUUUUAUAGGAAGGGAGUUGACUUACUCCUAGAAGGUGUUCAAGGAGAGUCCAGCCCCACCCGGCGCGAGGCUGUGAAGAGGAGGACCGCGGAGUACCUCACGCGGGUGGAAAGCCUCUCUGGCCUCCACCGAGGACCGCAGCCGGGCGAUGGGUCUCAGCCUCCAGGAUCACUAAGUUCAAGGCCCCCUUGGAACCUAAGGAGCCCCGCCGAGGAGCUGAAGGCCUUCCGAGUCCUUGGGGUGAUUGACAAGGUUUUACUUGUAAUGGACACAAGGACAGAGCAGACAUUCAUCUUAAAAGGUCUGAGGAAAAGCAGCGAAUCCAGCAGGAACAGAAAGACCAUCAUCCCCCGCUGCGUGCCCAACAUGGUGUGUCUGCACAAGUACAUCGUCUCGGAGGAGUCGGUGUUCCUGGUGCUGCAGCACGCGGAAGGUGGCAAGCUCUGGUCAUAUCUCAGUAAAUUUCUAAAUAGAAGUCCUGAAGAAAGCUUUGACACCAAGGAAGUAACGAAGUCCAUGCUUGCUGAGGUUCACCUGCAGCAGCCAGCUCCCAGGCCUCAGGACAGCAGCUGCUUUGAGUCCAGGGCCAGCGACGGGGGAGGUGUGCUCAGAGUUCUUCCUCUGAAGACCAGUCUCACUCCAAGUUCUCAAGAGGACAGCAACCAGGAAGACGAUGGCCAACACAGCUCUCCAAAGUGGCCCGAUUCUGGGUCAAGUUCAGAAGAGGACUGCACUACUAGUUAUUUAACAUUGUGCAAUGAAUAUGGUCAAGAAAAGAUCGAACCAGGGACUUUGAAUGAGGAACCCUUUGUGAAGACCGAAGGGAAGGAUGUUGGUGCCAGAGCCGUCCAGCGCUUCCCAGCAUGCCUUGUUGCCGACAGUGCCGACUCCAGCACACAGCUGAGAGCUCACGAGUUGAAGUUCUUCCUUGGAGAUGAGGACUCUGAAGCACUUCCUUCUCCAAGAACAUCCGAUUCCCUUAGCAGAUCAAAAAACAGCCCCAUGGAAUUCUUUAGAAUAGAUAGUAAGGACAGCACAAACGAAUUUCUGGGACUUGAUUUUGGAGAAAAAUUGUACAGUCUGAAAUCAGAACCCUUGAAGCCAUUCUUUGGUCUUCCAGAUGGAGACCACACUUCCAAGAGUUUGAAUGCCAGGGAAAGCAGGGUUGAGUUUACAGCUCUGGACACCGUUAGCAGGGGCUCAGAUGACUCAGUCCCAGUUAUCUCGUUUAAAGAUGCAGCUUUUGAUGAUAUCACUGGUACUGAUGAAGGAAGGCCUGAUCUUCUUGUAAAUCUACCUGGUGAAUUGGAGCCACCAAAAGAACCUGCAGCUAUAGGACCUAUUAAGUUUACACAGACUUCCCUAGGCAGAGUAGAAAAUAAGCUGCUGGAGGCUCCGGACGUGUUAGGUCUCCGGCUUAGUGCUGAACAAUGCCAAACCCCUAAAGAGGAAGGCUCAGAGAACCUGAGUGGCCCCUCUAGGCCAGAGACACACUAUGUCCAGGAGGACCUGGGGGUGUUAUUUGUAGCAGCUGUUGAUCAUAGCGGUUCAGAAGACGCGACUUUGUUACAUAACUCAGUUCCUAAGUUUGGACGACUCGGAGUAACUGAGUCGGCAUUAACUGGAGACAGCGUGGAAGAAAGCUUAUCCCAUAUUUCUAAUACACUCUCAGGUGCUAACAAAUAUAAUGCAAACACAGACACUUUAAAAACAGAGGAAAUAUUGCUGUUUACAGAUCGGACUGAUGACUUGGCUACUUCUUUAUUCCAAAGAAACUCAGAGACUAAGGGCGAAAGUGGGUUAGCCCUGGAAGGAGACAAGGAAAUCCAUCAGAUUUUUGAGGACCUUGAUAAAAAAUUAGCACUAAACUCCAGGUUUUAUAUCCCAGAGGACUGCAUUCAAAGAUGGGCAGCUGAAAUGGUGGUAGCCCUUGAUGCUUUACAUAGAGAGGGAAUUGUGUGCCGCGAUUUGAACCCAAACAACAUCUUAUUGAAUGAUAGAGGACACAUUCAGCUAACGUAUUUUAGCAGGUGGAGUGAGGUUGAAGAUUCCUGUGACAGCGAUGCCAUAGAGAGAAUGUACUGUGCCCCAGAGGUUGGAGCAAUCACAGAAGAAACUGAAGCCUGUGAUUGGUGGAGCUUGGGUGCUGUCCUCUUUGAACUUCUCACUGGCAAGACUUUGGUUGAGUGCCACCCAGCAGGAAUAAAUACUCACACUACCUUGAACAUGCCAGAAAGUGUCUCCGAAGAGGCUCGGUCCCUCAUUCAACAGCUCUUACAGUUCAACCCCCUGGAACGUCUGGGAGCUGGAGUCGCCGGUGUUGAAGAUAUCAAAUCUCACCCGUUUUUCACUCCCGUGGAUUGGGCAGCACUGAUGAGAUGAACGCCACCCAGGGCUCUUUUCACACAUUCUGAUCUCUGAAACAGCAGCUCAGCCGCACAGUGCACAGUCGUUAUGGAGCAGCAAAGCCUCCGGAUCAAGGCCUUUCGAGGACCUAGGGGAGGAGCUAAAAGAGCUUCCACUUACACUCACUGUCUGGACAGAUACUAGCUAAUUGUGCCAGGAACUGUUAUAUUCGUACCUUUAACCAGGGUGUUGCUUAAUGUAAUCCACAUUCGGGUGGCAAGUGCGUGCAAACCCGGCUGAAACAGGAAUGCGCUUCCAGAGGUUCCUCCAACUCAGAGCUCUAAGUACAGACCUGUUUCACUUGAAAGAAAGAACCUUACAAGGCAGCUGACUCCCCUCUGCUAACCAAGGUUGGUUUACAUCAUCAAAUUAUUUGCUGAAUAAUGCACUGAAAGUGCUUGGUGAACAGUGUCAUCAAUGGGGCCUGCAAAGUGUGAAAAAAUACACGCAUGACAUGUGAAAGGAAACCCACCCUGAGACGUGUAUAACUCGUGGACUUCGAAUGUGGCUCCGGAUGAUUUCUGUGAGGCGAAAACACUUUAUGUUGUCACCGUGGAACUUGGUGGGUUGGCAGUGCUUCUUUAGGGAGGUUCAUAGAAACACUUCCCGCCCUUCAGCCUCGUCUUUCUUUCCCCACCUUUCCAUUUCUUGCAACCUUUGCUGAUUCUUUGCUUCCUGCCCUUGUUAGCAGCACAUGUGCAACAAAAAAGGAGAAUAUUUAUUUCCCAAAUUGUAUCAUGUUAGUUGGGACUAAAAAAUCAUGACAAAAUAAAUGUGGUAAAAAUGUA